CUAUUUUCUCCUCUUUUCCGCCUUCCUCCAAACCAAAUACUGUAAGUUUUGGCAAGAUUGCUUGAGCUAAGAGUUAUACGUCUAGGCCAUGGAGAUGGAAUCAAUGGCGUCGGCUAUCGGAGUCUCGGUGCCGGUACUCCGUUUUCUCCUCUGUUUCGCGGCGACAAUUCCCGUUAACUUCCUCUGGCGACUCAUCCCCGGCGGACCACCAACCAAACACCUCUACGCCGCCUUGUCCGGUGCUAUUCUCUCUUAUCUCUCAUUCGGCUUCACCUCCAAUCUCCAUUUCUUGGUCCCCAUGCUCUUGGGUUACGCUUCAAUGGUGUUGUGUCGUCGGUAUUGUGGGAUCAUUACUUUCUUCUUGGGAUUUGGCUACCUCAUAGGAUGCCAUGUAUACUACAUGAGCGGGGAUGCAUGGAAAGAAGGAGGUAUUGAUGCCACUGGUAAGCACUAUCGGCUAGUUUUUAAGUCCCUUGUGUUUCAUCUUUUAUUUGGAUCCUUAAUGGUGAUAACGUUGAAAGUCAUUUCUUGUGUGAUAAAUUACAAUGAUGGGGUAUUGAAAGAGGAAAACCUGCGUGAGGCACAGAAGAAAAACCGAUUGCUUAAGUUGCCAUCAAUAACCGAGUACUUUGGUUACUGCCUCUGUUGUGGAAGUCACUUUGCUGGUCCUGUUUAUGAAAUGAAGGAUUAUCUUGACUGGACUGAAAAGAAGGGGAUUUGGAUGCAUUCUGAGAAGGGACCAUCACCAUCACCUUAUGGGGCGACACUUAGAGCUCUUCUCCAAGCUGCUAUUUGUAUGGGUUUGUAUUUGUAUCUGGUAUCCCAUUUCCCGUUGUCUUGGUUUACCGACCCCUUAUACCAAGAAUGCGGGUUCUGGAAACGGUUGGGUUACCAAUACAUGUCUGGCUUUACUGCACGUUGGAAAUAUUACUUCAUCUGGUCAAUCUCAGAAGCUUCUAUGAUUAUUUCUGGCCUGGGUUUUAGUGGUUGGACAGAUUCUUCUCCACACAAACCACGAUGGGAGCGUGCAAAAAAUGUUGACAUUUUGGGUGUUGAAUUGGCGAAGAGUUCAGUUGAAUUACCACUUGUGUGGAACAUACAAGUCAGCACUUGGCUACGCCAUUGUGAGUUUCCAGUGCUUUUAAAAAUUGCAUGCCAUGUUUUGCCUCUACAUUUUGAUGUGGCCUGUUUAGAUGGCAGCUCAUGCUUGGCUGAAAACCUGAACCAGCUAAAAACCAGGCUGGUUGCAAAUGUUUAUGAGAGGCUCAUUCAGAAGGGAAAGAAGCCAGGCUUCUUUCAGUUGCUGGCUACGCAGACGGUCAGUGCAGUCUGGCAUGUAAUAGAUGCAUUCUUUGUCUCUGGGCAUGAUUUAAUGAUAAAGACUCAAAAAUCACAUCUUUCAGGAUUAUAUCCUGGGUACAUCAUAUUCUUUGUACAAUCUGCUUUGAUGAUUGCUGGUUCAAGAGUCAUUUACAGAUGGCAGCAAGCUACUAGUACGGCUUUAUUGAAAAUGAUACUUGUGUUUUUGAACUUCGCUUACACGCUUCUGGUUCUGAACUAUUCCUGUGUUGGUUUCAUGGUAUUAAGCCUGCAUGAAACACUUGCUUCGUAUGGAAGUGUAUAUUACAUUGGAACCGUUGUUCCCAUAGCACUGAUCCUUCUUGGAAACAUAAUUAAACCAGCGAAGCCAGUCAGAUCUAAAGCUCGAAAGGAACAGUGA